CCUGGAAGUUACCUCCACCACAUGGACCUAGAGAAUGAUACACAUAUUUCAGAAAUUCUUCUUCUGGGAUUUUCAGAAGAAGCAGAAUUGCAGCCCCUCAUAUUUGGGCUUUUCCUCUGCAUGUACCUGAUCACAGUGUUUGGAAACCUGCUCAUCAUCCUGGCUGUCAGCUCAGACUCCCACCUCCAAACCCCCAUGUACUUCUUCCUCUCCAACCUGUCCUUUGUAGACAUCUGUUUCACCUCCACCACCAUCCCAAAGAUGCUGUGGAACAUUCAGACCCAGAGCAAAGUCAUCACCUAUGAAGGCUGCAUCAUCCAGGUGUAUUUUUAUAUACUGUUUGUAUGUUUAGAUGACUUUCUCCUGACUGUGAUGGCCUAUGAUUGCUUUCUGGCCAUCUGUCACCCUCUGCACUACAUGGUCAUCAUGAACCCCCAGCUCUGUGUUCUGCUGGUACUGGUGUCCUGGAUCAUAAGUAUCCUACAUUCCCUUUUGGAAAGUUUAAUGUUGUUGCAACUUUCCUUCUGCACAGAUUUGGAAAUCCCUCACUUUUUCUGUGAAAUCAAGCAGAUGGUCCAAUUUGCCUGUUCGGACAACUUUCUUAAUAAUAUGGUCAUGCAUUUUGCAGCUGGGCUACUGGGGGCUGUUUCCUUGGUUGGUAUCCUUUACUCUUACUUUAGGAUAGUUUCUUCCAUAUGUGGAAUCUCAUCAUUUCAAGGGAAGUAUAAAGCAUUUUCCACCUGUGCAUCUCACCUCUCUGUUGUCUCCUUAUUUUAUUGUACAGGCUUAGGAGUGUACUUUAGCUCUGCUACUACCCACAGCUCACACUCAAAUGCAGUAGCCUCCAUAAUGUACACUGUGGUCACACCCAUGCUGAACCCCUUCAUCUACAGUCUGAGGAACAAUGACAUAAAUGUUGCUCUGAAAAGAUUAUUUGGGAAAAAUACUAUAAAAGGUCUAUUUUUCGAAAGGUAA